GGUGCUAGCUAUGUCUCCGCUGGAUUUCAUUGGGACCACAUGCACAACGUCCAUGUGGUCCUCAGCGGAAGCAAAGAGGUGUUCUUGGUCCCUCCCUUGCAAGCUCCGGCUUUGCGCGCGACGCGAUUUUGCCCGCAAGCUCAAUGGCAGAUGGACUGCAGCGCUGGAAGGAUGACGCUACAGAAGGCACCAAUGAUAUCCACGGAAUCCUCCACGGAUUAUGCCUUGGUGUCCAUUGAGCAGAGCUGUUCCGAGAAUCUACGUCGACAUCCUCAAAUGGCUGAAGAUAUGAAGGAGAGCCCCUUCAAGGUGUUGCUGCAGCCUGGCGAUGCGAUCUACAUCCCACCCGGCUGGUGGCAUUCCAUCCGCACGCAUCGGCCCUCGCACGACGCGCCGGGCGACGACCUGCCGCUGGCUCUGAGUGUGAAUUUCUGGUACGACUUGCCACCAGAGCUGAAAUCCUACGCUUCGCUGUUGCUGACCAUGGAGAUCCUCUCAUGGCAACGCGCCAUGUCCGAGCUUCCUCAGGAUCGCAUUUCGCAGCUUCUGAGUGAAGCCUUGGCUGCGAAAGACACAGAGGAUUUGGAGUUUGAAGUAGUGGUCGUGAUGAUGUCUGUUCGCAUGGGUUCGCCGUUGCUUCACAAAGAGGCAGGUGUCCCGACAGUUCUACUGGUGUCCAAGCCCGAAAAAUGGGAUUUCCAGUGUUCUUUGUGGCAUCGCAUGUGUGACAGCGCCUUGGACAACUCUCCAGCCAUGAGCCGAUGGGAUUUUUACGACUUGAUUUCAGUGAUACCGAUGCUGAGACAUGCCAUUGACGCAGAUCACAUUGCAGCCAUCGACAAUAUUGCCAAGAGGUUGACCACCUUGCAGAAACGCUCGGCCAUGGCGGGAUUCUUCUUUGCUCUGGGCCAUUCCACGGUGGUGCUCCUCAUGUGUAUCUUUAUUGCGAUUGGACGUGAGAAUGCGUGGCAACAUUUGACCAUGAAGGCGGCUGGCGGCAUUGUCGCUGGCGGUUUCUCCGGUUGCAGCUUGGCCUGGCGGAAGUUUUCGCUGAUCUCCCAGGUGUUCGUUGUGUUGUUCCAACUCAGAAUGGGCCGUAAGGGCCGUCGCGCUGAGGCUUUCUUCUCAUCGUGGGAGCCGGCGCUGAACUGGCGCUUAGGCACCCUGAACUCAGGACACCCCGGCUUCCAAGAACUGGGUCCUGAACAUGAUCACGAUGAGAGACCUCCUCGAAUCCUGGAGGGAUAUGGAGAGCACGAGCAUGCAGUGGCGGGUUUUUUCAUGACCUGCUGCCCUAGUCUCUUCACAGGUAUUACAGCUUCCUGGCAAAUGUUUCCAGUGGGGUUCCUCUUCGGCCUGGGCUUUGACACCAGCAGCGAGGUUGCCCUGUUGGCAAUGGUAGGACUGUCCGGUGAUUUGCCACAUCCAGCCUAUGUGAUGGUGCUACCCUUGAUGUUUCUCACUGGGAUGGUACUGGUAGACACUCUGAAUGGCCUGUUUAUGGCCUGGCUCUAUGGCCAAUCCUCCAACUCCAUGCAGCGUUUGUAUUUCAACAUCGUCCUCACGGGCUCCACGGCUGCGAUCGCCCUGUUCAUCGGCUUGCUGGAAAUCUUGGGGGUGUUCGCUACAUGGGAAGGCCUUGGCCUUCAUGGAGGAUUUUGGUCCUGGAUCCGACUCAUCAACGACGAUUUCGAACUCGUUGGAUUGAUGAUCAUCAGUUUCUUUCUGACGAGCGCAACGCUGGCAAUUUGCUGCUAUCGCCGAAUCUUUCCAGAGGAGGGUGGCAUAGAAGUCCUCCUGCUUCGGGCGAAGAAAACGGGGCACCCUGAAAGUCAGAUGCUGAUGCUGGCGAUCAUAGCAGGAGGGCUGGAACUGCAGGGCUUGCUCGCACUACCAAGAGGGGUGGCUGUCGGGCGGCCUAUGGCGGAUGCCACCACGAGCCGCAUGACUCCCAGGGACGCCACGGGCCUUCUGCGCAAGGCGGAGCUGCGUUCGCCGCGCACCGCGGUGGUGGAGCGGCCGCCCAGGCCGCUGCCGGUGCCCGCGGUGGCCGAGGCCGAAUCCACGCUGAAGGAUCUGUGGAAGAUGCGAAAGGAACAGCCCAAGGAGUGGUUUCCGGGGCGUGAGUCCUGGACGGCGGAGAACUUGACCAAAGCACAGGCCCAACAGAAGACCAGCUUCAAAAUUCUGGCGACGCACAAGCUGAAGCACAUCAGGUCCAUUCAUUCGCCGCGGGAGCUGUACUCUGACCCACCAAACAUCAACAUGGAGAUUGGAUGGCACCUAAGUGAUGACGGUGUCCUACCCCGCCUGGCCACUGGCGCCACUCGCGUCUCCUAUCCCAAAUCGACGUGUGCCAUGACGAAGCAUCAAGACAACAUGUACACCACGCACACGCAGAACAUUAUCCGACGUGGUUAA